AUGGCUGCCAACGCCCCUCCCUCCGCCGAGAUGCUCAGCGGCGCUCAACCCACCGACGUCGCUCCCCAGUAUGACCUACUCCCCCGCCUGAUCCCGUAUCUCGACCGCCACCUGGUGUUCCCGCUGCUCGAGUUCAGCGCCGGCAACGAUGAGGAGGACAAAGAAAUCACUCGGGCCAAGUACGAGCUGCUGAAGCACACCAACAUGACCGAUUAUGUCGCCAAUCUGUGGAAGGAAAUCAAUGACUCCGACUCUAUCCCCGACGAGUUCGUUAAGAAGCGCGAGGAGGUUCUGGCCAAGCUGCAGCACUACGAGAACCAGAGCGAGAAGAUCACCGAGCUUCUGCAGGAUGAUGAGGUCGUGGGCAACCUGCGCAGUGACAAGGCUGCCAACUUGCGUUUCCUUGAGGAGCAGCACGGUGUCACCAACGAGAUGGUCAACAGCCUGUAUGACUACGGCCGGUUCCAGUACAGCUGCGGUAGUUACGGCAAUGGUGCCGAACUUCUGUUCCAGUUCCGUCUGCUGUCCACCGACAACGACAAGGUUGCUUCCGCCACCUGGGGUCGUUUGGCCUCCGAGAUUCUGACCACCAACUGGGAGGGCGCGAUGGAGGAGGUCCAGAAGGUUAAGGACUCCAUUGAGACCCGUCUGUUCAACAACCCUCUUGGCCAGCUCACCAACCGCUCUUGGCUCAUCCACUGGGCUCUGUUCCCCUUCUUCAACCACGACCCCGCCCGCGAUGUCCUGACCGACCUCUUCUUCUCCCCCGCCUAUAUCAACACCAUCCAGACCAGCUGCCCCUGGGUUCUCCGUUACCUUGCCGCCGCCGUCAUCACCAACCGCAGCCGCCCCCACAAGCACUCCGGCGCUUAUCAGAAGCAAUUGAAGGAUCUCAUCCGUGUGGUUCGCCAGGAGGGUUACGAGUACACCGACCCCAUCACCGACUUCGUCAAGGCUCUCUACGUCGACUUCGACUUCGAGGAGGCCCAGAAAAAGCUGGGCGAGGCCGAGGAGGUUCUGCGCAGUGACUUUUUCCUGGUUUCUGCUGCGGACUCUUUCGUUGAGGCUGCUCGUCAUCUCAUCUCUGAGAGCUACUGCAAGAUCCACCAACGGAUCGAUAUCAAGGACCUUUCUACCCGUCUCGGUCUGAGCCAGGACGAGGGUGAGAAGUGGAUUGUCAAUUUGAUCCGCGACACUCGUGUUGAUGCCAAAAUCGACUACAAGGAAGGCACCGUGAUCAUGAACCACCCGCCGCAAUCGGUUUACCAGCAGGUCAUCGAGAAGACCAAGGGUGCUUUCUUCCGGACACAAGUUCUUAGGUAUGUUCAACUAAUAACUGAUCUUUUCCCGUUUGGUACUAACAUAUUUUGA